AUGCCACCUCCCCAGGGCACUCAAUCCCACGACAAGCUCAUCCAACAUUCCAUCCCCAUCGAGAUCCCCGAACAUGGCGCGCCGAACGCCAGGGAUAAUACCUUCACCGUCCUAUUCGCUCGACAUCACCGCUCGCGCUCUCUCUACCUUUCUUCUCCACGCUGGUACCGCAACAGUCUCCUCGCAAGUGCCGGGUAUCUAGAGUUCGCAAACGCAGGUGACUUCGCCGCGAACGUCUGGAACGAGGUCCCCGUGCCACGCCAUGCCAUCAUCCUGAUGGCUAUCGGUGGGCCAUUGGCUCUGCUCAUGAGCCUAGUCGCUGCCCGUGAUGCCCUGCUGAGCUGGCGCAACGUGCGGCUGCUUCGCGGGGAGAGGCGCGAGCUACUCGCCUUGAAGGACGAGCUGCUGCUACGUCGACCCACCGCGAGUGGGGACGCUUCAGAUGCCGCUUUGAUCCCGUUGAUUGAGGGAAGGCUUCGGGUUGGGAUCCGCGAACUCGGGACGGAGAUCGUUGACCGUAUCGCCAUGGAUGUCUUGCUGGGGAUUGGAGCCCUUCUGGUUGGGAUCGGGACCUUGAUGGCUAUCGUGGGAAUUCACCCGCCCGUUUACCGUGCGAGUAACCUUUUGUCGGGGUUCGUUGGGAACUCCUUUGCUGCUGCUUUUGGUGUCGUUAAUGCUGUCUGGUCGUGGUAUCUGGUCUGUCGGUUCCGCCGGCACGACCGCGCUUGCAUGUCGCAGGACCAAGCCGAGGGAGGGGAAGAAGCAGGUACAGCCGUGGCGGCAUUUAAAGGGAAACUUCAUUGCCGCUUUUUCCGCUUGCAGGUCCACGCUGUUGUUUCUGGUGUCACUGGGUUGGUGGCUGGUGCUGCGUCUAUGGUCACAGCGCGCAUGUGGUGGGGAUAUGUCCUGCUGAUCCCGUGCAUGGGGCUGCAAGUCGCGUGUAACCGGUUCUGGAGGCGGCAUCUGGGGUACGACAGACCUGUGGUUUCUACCCAGCCGAAGGCUGACACUUCUGCCCCUCCAUUUCGGAAUGGGAGUCCACCGCAGGAGCCGGAGAAGACAUCCCUUCCUGCGCAGCAAUAUACAGCGUCUAUCACCAGCAGCAGCGAUUCUAUACUUCCGGCCCCUUUCCCGGCCCCUCUGACUCGACCCAUCAGUUUCAACAAUCCAAACAACAACACCAAUAAAGAAGAAAAGCAGGAGCGAAUCUGCAUUGAACACAUCCUCCUCACCUCCCUAGCAGAGACAAACACCGCCCGUGCCGCCCUCGACCCCCUCCCAUCGACUCUCGGCGCCCUCGACCGCUCCUCCCUAGAGGGCGUGAUGUGCUUCAUGGAGACACACGCUCUCUUUGACUCGCUGUGCGACUGGCUCGUGCACGACGGCCGCGUCCCAGGUGGACUGCACCGUGCGAUCUUCUCCUCCGUCCGCGACGGCGAUAUCCUCGUGCCGUCGGACCUGGCAGCCCGGGUUCCCCCGGCCGAACACGACCAAUUGAAAGAGCUCUGCUUGAAAUUUCUCGGCGACGGAGGUCGACACGUACUCAUCUGUCGCGAGAGGUACCUCCUAGAGCUUGUGGGGUGUACCCUUGCCGACAUUCCCAUUACCACCUAA